AUGCUCAAGCUUGAUCUUGCUAUUGAUGGUGCUGAUGAAAUAGAUGCUCAAUUUAACUGCAUUAAAGGUGGUGGUGGAUGUCAAACACAAGAAAAGCUUGUUGCUUUUUGUGCAAAGAAAUUUAUUGUUGUUGCUGAUGAAAAAAAAUGGUCAGAAAGUUUAGGUACUAAAUGGAAAAAAGGCAUUCCAAUAGAAGUUAUGCAAAUAGCAUAUAAAGUAACACAAAAAGAAAUUGUAAAACAACUUGGUGGUGAAGUUGUUGUUCGUGAAGGAACAGAAAAAGUCGGUCCAGUGUUAACGGAUCAAGGAAAUUUCAUUCUCGAUUGGCAAUUUGACCCUUCGAAAAUUUCAAAUUGGGCGGAUGUUAAUCGAACAUUAAAAAUGAUUCCGGGCGUUGUUGAAACAGGUUUAUUCGUAAACAUGAUUUAUAAAGCAUAUUUGGGUAACAGUGAAGGCCAAGUUGAAGUUAAAUCAAAUCCUGCAAUAUCUGCAUAA